ACGUAAUAACCCGAUUCAAUUACAUGCUCUACAACAAAAAUAUUCCGUUUUGAGGUACUUUCAGUCCUUAUUAUAGUAGCAGUAGCAGAUAGAAAUCACUUGUCCACCAAGUAAACUUGAAUUCCUUUCACCCUUAGCAAACCCAUUCUGCACAUUAAUCUUUCGAUCGGUUAACAAUGGUUCUCGAGGCAACAAUGAUCUGUAUCGACAAUUCUGAGUGGAUGCGGAAUGGAGAUUAUCCGCGCAAUCGAUUCGAAGCUCAAACUGACGCAGUUAGCUUAUUUUGUGGUUCCAAAACCCAGUCUAAUCCCGAGAAUACAGUUGGAGUAUUGACCAUGGCUGGCAAAGGAGUUCGUGUAUUGGUUACUCCUACCAGCGACCUAGGAAAAAUGUUAGCUUGCACGCACGGAUUAGAUAUCGGUGGUGAAUUGAAUUUGGCUGCUGGAAUCCAGGUGGCACAGUUGGCUCUGAAGCAUCGGCAAAACAAAAAGCAACAGCAGAGGAUCAUUGUUUUUGCUGGCAGUCCUGUUAAACAGGACAAGAAGGUCUUGGAGAUGAUUGGAAGAAAGUUGAAGAAGAAUAGUGUAGCUCUUGAUGUUAUUAGUUUUGGUGAAGAAGAUGAGGGGAAGACUGAGAAGCUUGAGGCAUUAGUUGCUGCAGUAAACAACAAUGAUAGCAGUCGCAUCAUCCAUAUUCCUCCUGGACCUACUGCUCUUUCUGAUGUGCUAAUAAGUACUCCUAUCUUUACUGGAGAUGGUGAGGGUGGAAGUGGAUUUGCUGCAGCCGCUGCUGCGGCUGCUGCUGGUGGAGGGUCUGGCUAUGAUUUUGGUGUAGAUCCUAAUUUGGAUCCUGAACUUGCUCUGGCACUUCGAGUUUCAAUGGAGGAGGAACGGGCUAGGCAAGAAGCAGCAGCAAAGAAAGCUGCAGAAGAAUCUGCACAAGAAAAAGGAGAAAUGCAGUCAACUUCUCAGGAUAUUACAAUGACUGAAAAUGUCGGUGCCAGAACAUCUGAAACUGAAAACAAGGCAGUUGACCUAAUGGAUGAUGAGAAUGCACUGUUACAGCAAGCACUUGCAAUGUCGAUGGAUGAUUCUUCCUCUAACAUUACUACAAGAGACACGGACAUGUCAGAAGCAGCUUCUGAAGAUCAAGACUUAGCACUAGCUCUUCAAUUGUCAGUGCAGGACAAUACAAAAGAUGAUUCAGACCAGACAGAUGUGACUAAACUGUUGGCGGACCAAUCAUUCGUGUCAUCAAUUCUUGCUUCACUUCCAGGUGUUGAUCCAAAUGAUCCUUCAGUUAAAGAUUUACUUGCUUCCAUGCAAGGCCAGUCUGAGCAGAAGGAUGAGGACAAGGAACAGAAAGAGGACAAAAAGUGAUGAUGCCUAAAACUGAUGUACGUACGCCUCAGGCCAAGAAGCUCAGAUGGUAAUCAAGAUAUGAUGCAGAUUGAUGAAAUUGAUUCUAGAAAUGGGGCUUACAGUAUUUUUUGUGUGGAAAAGAACUUAAAUACUUUGUUGCCCUCGGCCUUGCUUCUCAAUUUGAAUUAUAGUUUAUUGAGAAGACGGCAAACGCCCAUCGUCCUACCUGUGUUUACUGUUUUCUCUAUCCUGGAAUGCAGGAAAGAUGGUGCCUAAUUAGCUCUACGUAGUCAUCCACCAAACUAAAGGAAAAAAUGAGAAAAAUAGAAGCUCCUAUUGGAUAAUGUGUUGCAUGAUUUUGUGUUUGGCUCAGCUUUGGUGUCAUUCUUUUUGUUGAUUCA